UGCGGUCCAAGUCCAACGUCUCAAGCCUGAACAUCCCAUCCGACGGCCCAUACUUCCCCAACUCCGAUCCAGUAUCUUUAAAUAAAAAACCCUUCCUGAAAAUCCCAUAAACCCUCAUUUUAGGGUUCUGAAUCAUAAACACGCAGUAGUAAAGCUCAACGAAUCAAAGGUUUUAACUUACAACCAUGGCUUUCUUCAACAAAGUGGGCAACAUGGUAAGGCAGACUGUAAGCAAGCAGUUCAAUCAUGAACUAUCGGCAGCCAACCCAUCUAUUUUUCAAGUGAUACGAUGCAUGUCGUCGUCAAAACUAUUUGUGGGAGGCCUGUCUUAUGCCACAGAUGAAAUGAGCUUAAGAGAAGCUUUUAGUGCAUAUGGGAAUGUCCAAGAAGCUAGGGUUAUUGUGGAUCGUGAAACUGGUCGAUCUAGAGGUUUUGGCUUUAUUACUUUCACUGAUACUGAGGCUGCUUCUGCUGCAAUUCAGGCAUUGGAUCAAAGGGAGUUACAUGGCCGAGUGGUUAAAGUGAAUUAUGCAAAUGAUAGGCCACAAGUGGGUGGUGGUGGUGGUUACCGAGGUGGAGGCUUUGGUGGAGGUGGUUACGGUGGUGGGGCCUAUGGUGGUUUUGGUGGUGAUGGUGAGAACACUGGUGUUGCAGGUGGCGGUGAUGGCUUUAACAGUGGUGGUUAUGGUGGAAAUAGUUAUGGUAGUGGCGGCUAUGGUGGUAAUGCUGGUGGCUAUUAUGAUGGAGACAGCAAUGUCAGCAGUGGUGAUGGUGGCAGGUGAGAUGCAUCUGUGGCUUGAACUGUGUUUUCUACUGGACUGAUAUUAAUUACUUGUUGGUCAUAUGGUCUAAAAUAAAUAGGUAAUUCUUUUUUUCUUUAAAUCUUGGGUCAAGAAGUUAUAACAAUUUUGAUUGUUUCUGAUAAAUAUGUUUACAUUAUUUAUGGUCGAUACAACAGUCUUUGAAUCU